UAGAACUCAAUGAUUUUAGUUCAAUGGUGCGUAAUGUUUAUCAAUUGCGUAAUGUAAUGGCAGCCAAUCGUCGCUAUAAACUGAGUUAUUUUCCUCUUCGAGCAAGAGCUGAACCGAUCCGAAUUAUUUUGUCUUUGGCAGGAGUUGAUUGGGAAGAUAAUCGGAAUCUUAAUGAUGAGGAUUUAGUUGCUUUAAAUGAAGAUGGCAUACCUCCUUUUGGUCAGUUACCAAUUCUUGAGUUCGACGAUGUGAUCUUAGCUCAAAGUAUGGCUAUUCUUCGCUUCUUGUCAAGAGAGCAUGGUUUCAUGCCAGAAACUAGUCUGGAAAUUGCAUUGGCUGAUGGCAUUGUUGAUCAAAUACAAGAUUGUGUCUUAAAAGUUAUUAAAAUGUGGUUUACUAAAAGUCCUGAAAAGGAAAAAGUAAAGCAAGACCUGAAUGAUAACUAUUUCCCCAAAAAUAUGUCAUAUUUUGAAAAGAUGUUUCAAAAAAAUUGCAAAGAGCAUACAUAUUUCUUUGGAGAGAAGGUGACAUAUGCUGACAUUAACUUUUUUGUUUUGUUAAUGGUUUUAUUCUUUCUGGUCAACUGGAAGUUCCACCAAUACUUGCCAAUUAUCCAGGUCUAACAAAGACUUACACUGCAAUGUUGAAUGAACCAAAACUUCAAAAUUACCUCAAGAAUAGGCCCAAGACUGAUGGACGUUGAUUGAUGUCACAUGUUGUAGAUGUAGAUCGUUCAGGUUAGUAGAGUCCUGAGAAGGACUGCUUUUGUUGUUGUUGACUGACGUUUCGACAACCUUAGCAGUAGUAAUCUUCAGAGUCAAAAUGACUCUUUUGAGGACUCUACUAACUUGGACGAUCUACAUCUACAAAUAUGUAGCGAUACUCCCAGGCUCAAACCAUUUACUUUGUUGAUUGAUGUUUUGCAUUGAAAUUUUUGACACAAUAAUCUAACAUAUCUAACAUAAAAGGAUCUACAUAAGACAUAUGAUAUUUAAGUUGAAAAGCACUUUGGCAUUUUUCCUAUUUUAUUAAAUAUCUAAUAGACAAUAGAUAAUAAAUAAAUGUUUAUAUAUAGUAGUUUCAACAGCAUUUUUAAAAGCAUGCAAUUUGAUUAAAUUUUGCAAGUUA